CGUAUCACUUCACUUCACUUCACUUCUCCUCCUUUUUCGAGCAAAGAAGCUCGAGCUUCCUCCUCCUCCUCCUCCAAUGGCUUCUACCUGCACAUUCCCAUUGUUCCUCUCUGUAACCCUGCAACUGAUCAUCAUUACCUUGGCCUCCACCUCCUCCUCCGAAGCUGACAUUCUCCUCUCCUUCAGGGCCUCCGUUGAGGACCCCAGCCGCUCCCUCUCCACCUGGUCCAGCUCCAACUCCUCCUCCUCCCACUGCAGCUGGGCCGGCGUCGCCUGCUCCCUCAUCCCUUCCACUUCCCGUCUCUCCGUCACCUCCAUCGACCUCCAAAGCUUCAACCUUUCCGGAGAAAUCUCACCCUCCAUCUGCGAGCUCCAGAGCCUCACCGAACUCAACCUCGCCGGCAACCUCUUCAAGCAGCCCAUUCCUCUGCACCUGUCCGAAUGCAGCUCUCUUCAGGUCCUGAACCUCAGCAACAACCUCAUCUGGGGCCCGAUCCCCGAGCAGGUCUCUGGGUUCCGCUCCCUCAGGGUUCUUGAUUUGAGCAGGAAUGGAGUCGAGGGCAAAAUCCCAGAAAGCAUAGGACUGUUGAGGACCCUUCAAGUCCUCAACUUGGGUGGCAACUUGCUCUCCGGUACCGUCCCUUCCUCUGCUUUCGGGAACCUCACUGAGCUCACCGUGCUCGACUUGUCUUUGAACCCAUUCCUGACGAGCGAGAUCCCCUCCGAGAUAUGGAGCCUCAAGAACCUCGAGAAGAUCUUCCUACAAAGCUGUGGCUUUUAUGGUGUAAUUCCUGAUUCCAUUGUCGGGUUGCAGAAACUAACCACUCUUGACCUGUCUGAGAACAACUUGACCGGUAAGCUUCCCACGCUUGCUUCCCUCAAGAACUUGGCCUCCUUCGAUGUUUCACAGAACAGGCUCAGUGGGGCUUUCCCGGAUGGGGUUUGUGCUGGAAAUGGUCUCAUAAGCCUCAGCCUCCACACCAACUUCUUCAAUGGCUCGCUGCUCGACGCCAUCGGAGGGUGCCGAAGCCUUGAGAGGUUCCAAGUUCAGAACAAUGAGUUCCAUGGCGACUUUCCCAGUGGGCUCUGGUCCUUGCCCAAGAUCAAGAUCAUCCGAGCCGAAAACAACCAGUUCUCGGGGGAGAUACCCGACUUGAUAUCUACGGCUUCUCAGUUGGAGCAGGUUCAGAUUGAUAACAACAGCUUCACCGGCAAGAUCCCUCAGGGUCUCGGCCUAGUCAAGAGCCUUUACCGAUUCUCCGCCUCCAUGAACCGUCUUCUUGGAGAAAUCCCCCCCAACUUCUGUGAUUCCCCUGUCAUGAGCAUCCUAAAUCUAUCGCAUAAUGCACUCUCCGGUGAGAUCCCGGAAUUGAAGAAGUGCCGGAAACUAGUCUCCUUGUCGUUGGCCGACAACAGUCUGUCUGCAGGAAUACCGGAAUCUCUAGCCGAUCUUCCGGUGUUAACUUACCUCGAUCUAUCAGCUAACAAACUAAGCGGACCGAUCCCACAGGAGCUUCAGAAUCUGAAGCUCGCCCUCUUCAAUGUGUCAUUCAACCAGCUCUCCGGCCGAGUUCCAGCGCUCCUAAUCUCGGGCCUUCCAGCUUCCUUCCUCGAGGGAAAUCCUGGGCUUUGUGGCCCGGGAUUACCCAACUCGUGCUCUGAUUUCGGGCCCAGGAGACACCGGGAUGGUGGUCUAACGACUUUAGCUUGUGCUCUUAUCUCUAUAGCCUUUGGCAUCGGUCUUCUGAUAUUCGCUGCUGGUUUCUUGGUUUAUCGUAAAUCUUCCAAGCAAAAAGCGGAAAAGGUUUGGCACUCGGUGUUCUUCUACCCUCUACGGAUCACCGAGCAGGACCUGAUCGCGGGAAUGAAUGAAAAAAGUGCUGUUCGAACUUGCGGGGUGUUUGGGAGAGUGUACAUUCUAAGUCUACCAAGUGGCGAGCUCGUGGCAGUGAAGAUAUUGGUGAAUUUCCGGAACCAAUCUCCGAAGACUCUGAAGUCUGAUAUCAAGACACUAGCUAAAAUAAGGCACAAGAGCAUCGCGAAGAUCCUCGGCUUCUGCCACUCCGAUGACACGAUCUUCAUGAUCUAUGAAUACUUACCGGGUGGAAGCUUGGGGGACUUGAUUGGUGGGCCUGAUUUUGAGUUACGAUGGAGCGUCAGAUUGAGGAUCGCAAUUGGUGUUGCUCAGGGAUUAGCUUACCUGCACAAGGAUUAUGUGCCACACUUAAUUCACCGAGACAUCAAGUCAAAUAAUAUCCUUCUUGACUCAGACUGCGUGCCGAAGCUCACAGAUUUCGCCCUCGACCGUAUUGUGGGAGAAGCUGCAUUUCAGACAACCGUGGCCUCGGAAUCUGCAUCAUCCUGUUACAAUGCACCAGAGAGUGGAUACAGUAAGAGGGCUACUGAGCAAAUGGACGUGUACAGCUUCGGGGUCGUGUUACUUGAACUGGUAACCGGCCGUAAAGCUGAAGAAGAAGAUUCUGCUGAUUCCCUUGAUAUAGUGAAGUGGGUCCGAAGGAAGAUCAACAUAACCAAUGGAGCAUUCACAAUUCUCGACUCUAGAGUAUCGGGUGGCUCAGAGCGAGUGAUGCUUGGAGCUCUUGACAUUGCACUCCGCUGCACGUCCGUGAUGCCGGAGAAACGACCCUCGAUGCCUGAAGUCGUGAAGGCCCUCCAGUCCCUUUGUUCCGGCAACAGCCCUCAGCCACUAAGCUUAGCCUUGUCUUCAUCAGAAGGGCAUCAACUUCCAGUCUGAACACAGGAUUAUUCAGUUUUUGUGUUCUCAUUUUUUUCACUUGAAGCUUUCUUUGUAAAAAAGAAAAGUUUAAGAUCGAAUCCUGGUUUAGGUUUCGGGUUCUCGAUAAUUCGUAAAGAAUCUAGUGUGAAAGAGAAAAUGGUGAGAGGUUCGUUUAAAUUGAUCCUAAAGAUUUCCAGCAUAAUUAAGCUCC